ACAAAAUGUGUCAAUGCGUAAAAGCCUUCGGAGAACUUCGUAAAAAUCAUUUUACAUCAGUUUAAUAUUUAUUAAACGUGAUGGAACUGUAAUAACGAGAAUAUUGCGUCAAAUCCCCAACGUCCAUUAUUUUCGGCGGGACAUUCAAGCUUCUUUUCCGAUUUUUCUCGGAUUUUCAUGCUUUUUUUAGUGCUUACGAGAUGGCGGACGGUGAGAGUGGGGAUGGGAGUGAAAAAUUGAAAAAACUCGAAUACUUUCUUCCAACGGAAGUCGUUUUGCACAAUAAACCGGAAGAUUGUUGGGUCUCAUAUCUUGGUGGUGUUUACGAUCUCACCGAACUCUGUUAUGUUUGGAAAUAUUGUCGCGAAAUCAAUCCGAUAUUAGCGAACGCUGGAAAAGACAUUAGUCAUUGGUUCGACCAUGAAAAAGGCGACAUCAGAUAUUACGUGAAUCCUUUAACCGGUGUACGAGUGCCGUAUUGUCCUCAUGGGCCGAUUCCGGACGUUGGUCCCAGUGUUCCUACGACGAUGUGGCGACCACUGGACAAGUGCCCUUGGUGGCUCGAUGACAGGUACAAGCAAGGUUAUUUGACUCAGAAUCCAAGGCCUUGCAGAAUUAUCAACUCACUUACGGGACAUUCCGCCGUGAUUUCGGUAUGCGAAGAAGACACGAUACGGCGAAUACAAGAGCGUUUUUUAACUUUCAAUGCUCACGGUGGUUCUUACAAGUGGAAGUUUGAGGGGAAGAGUAUUGAUAUGAAUAAGACUCUCACUGAUAAUGGAAUAUUGGAUGAGAGAGAUCGAUUCGUUGCUUGUGGUCUUUCCGAGGACAUUUACGUGCCCAGUCUCGUGUGUUACUUUAACGACGACAUGACAGAGGCAUAA